UAAAAUGUCAUCGAUAGCGACCAGUGCUGGCUAACAAUCAAAGAUUGUUGUUGUUAUCGGUAUUGGGUUAAUCUGGCCAAGAGAUGUCCUUUGCAAGCAAAAUACUUCAACAAAGUUCCCGCCUGUGGAAUGGCCUCAGUGCCACACGUAGUUUUCACGUCCUAGUGCGCCCCACCGCAACCACAAUCGGAGUGACGAACAACGGCAACCAAACACAACUGGUGGCAAACACAAGUGUUUCCACAGGACUGCUGACACCUGUCUCUACGCUGCUGCAGCAGGUCGCCGGCUUCAAAGUCAAGGGACGCCUAAAGAAGCGCUGCAAGGACUGCUACAUUGUCGUGCGCCAGGAACGCGGUUAUGUCAUCUGUCCCACGCAUCCGCGCCACAAGCAAAUGUCGAUGAAGAAACGCGACUACAAGUCGUGGAUACUGACACAUGCCACCCAGUCCAAGGAACGGGGCUUCUAGUCCUGCUGUAACCCUUACAACUAGCGUUUCCUUCAAAUUUAAAUAAAAACAUAAAAUUGCAA